UUUUCCAAGAUAUUAAUAUAAUCAUAGUUUAAAUCUACGACUUCAAUCGAAAAUAAAAUAUUAAAUCUAUUUGUAGUACUGCGGCGGUCUUUAAGCACGUCUCACAAGUCUCACGUCUCGCACUUUAGCAGUUGUAGACACUUUAAUGGCUGCCAUUCGAUUAACCACCACCUUUUAUUUCUAUGAAAAAUUCAUUCGAUUUAGUCACCAGGUUUUAUUUAAGGUUUCCGGUUGUCGGUCGUUUGUAAAUUAUCGUUCAUCAUUUAUUGUUUAACGGUGAAGACGAAUUAUCGCUUGAUUUGUGAGAUAUCUAUUAAUAGAUUAACUAAAUAAUAAUUCAAUUUUUGUUGUUGUUGUUUUUUGUAAUUUUCUGGUCUAAACCGCUUUUUCGCAAAAAAGUUGACUACAAAGUUCAAAGAGAAAGAUAAGUAUUGAGUGGGUCUAGGGCAGCAGCUACCUCAAAACCUAUCUAUACAUAAGUUACUUUGUGAGAAUAACAAAAACAAUGAAGUCGAAGUGUUUAUCAUUUGUAUUCAUUUAUGUGCUAAGUCUUUGUUUGGGUUUUGCAGAGCAAAGUAAUAUUCUCGGGUUGUUUCCACACUUCGGCUAUAGUCAUUUCAAGGUGUACUCCCCCAUUCUCAGGGAGCUUGCCAAAAGGGGGCAUAAUGUGACGGCAGUGACGUAUAUAAAAACUCCAGAGCCCCAUCCAAACUAUCACGAACUUCUGCUCGAAGGCAAGAGUGGGGUUGAUGUGUUGAGCUUGGAAGAUCACGUGCCGAGCAGAUCACUGUGGACCAUGUUUAUGGAAUUUUAUCUCCUUCAUGCUGAAGGUCAAAAUGCCUGUGAAGCGUUCUAUAGCUCGCCGCAUAUUGAAGAUAUCAUCAGACGUCACAAUGAGAAGCCAUACGAUAUGGUUAUAUUGGAGAUAUUCAAUACCGACUGCUAUUUGGGCUUAUCUUAUCUUCUUCAAGUACCUGUGGUGGGCUUGAGUAGCUGUGCUCUAAUGCCAUGGCAUUACAGCAGAAUCGCAUUGCCUGACAACCCGUCGUACAUUCAGUCGGAGUUCAUAGGUUUUUCUGAGGAACUCAACUGGCAAGAGCGUUUGAUUAAUUUCAUUCAAAGCAAUGGGAAUAAACUUCUCUAUCGGCUUACCGAGUGGAAUGACAAUGCUGUGAUAAGGAAAUACCUUAACGUUAAUGUUGAUGUGCGUGAGAUUGCCAAGACGACAACAAGUCUUGUGCUUGUGAAUCAGCAUUACUCACUGUCGGGGAAUCGGCCUCUUUCGGCACAGGUUAAAGAGAUCGGUGGAGUUCAUAUUCCUGCAGGAGAAAAACUUCCAACUUUACCUAAAAACAUAGAAGACUUUUUGAACGCAUCGAAUGAAACAGUUUUGUUUAUUAGUUUUGGUUCGAUGGUUAGAAGUUCAACAUUGCCAAAGGAAAAGUUUGAUGGUAUAGUUGCAGCCAUUAAUAAACUCAAUCUUAGGGUUAUAUGGAGAUGGGACAGUGGGAAAGCGCCUUUUGAUUCUAAUAGGUUUAUGUUUUCCAAAUGGACUCCACAAUUGAGUCUUUUGUGCGAUCCAAGAGUUAAAAUAUUUUGGGGACAUGGAGGAAUGUUAGGGACAACAGAAGCAGUUUACUGCGGGAAACCUAUCAUAGUAACUCCAUUCUAUGGAGAUCAGUUUUUGAAUGGCAAAGCUGCUGAGAAUAGAAAAAUUGGGACUGUACUCAAUUAUGACCAAAUAUCAGAGCAACAUGUUUUGGAAUCUCUUCGAGAAAUUAUGAGACCGAGGUACAAAGAAAAUGCCGCCGGUCUUUCAAAAAUAUUCCGAAAUCGUGAAACAACCCCACUGUCAACAGCAAUUUGGUGGAUUGAGCAUGUACUAAGGGAAAAACUUGCACAUGACAUCUUGCGGACAAAAGCAGUAAACAUGAAUUGGUUCAUCUACUACUCACUAGAUUCGAUAGCUUUAUUGAUUUUUUCAACAGUCCUUCCGAUUGCUAUUGUUUAUAUAGCAAAAAUACGUUAUUUUUAAUGUUUUGUACAACAAAUAAAACUUUUUUUAAUGUGGUAUAAAAUAUGUCUAAAUAUAUUA